GUGACCGCUCUUAUGAUGGAGGGAAGUCGGCUGACAAGAGUGUCUCGACCCUACAAGAUCAGUGAAUCUUCAAAGGUGUACCGCUGGUCUGAGCACUCGACCACAGUGCUACAGCGGCUGAAUGAGCAGCGUCUGCGUGGCCUCUUCUGUGAUAUCGUCCUGGUGGCCGAGGAGCACCGCGUGCCAGCCCACCGCAAUCUGCUGGCCGUGUGCAGCGACUACUUCAACUCCAUGUUCACCUUGGGCAUGCGUGAGGCCUUCCAGAAGGAGGUGGAGCUGAUUGAUGCCUCCUACAUUGGCCUCAAGGCCGUGGUGGACUUCUUGUAUGGCGGGGAGCUGGCCCUGGAUAGUGGCAACAUCGACUACAUCCUGGAGACAGCCCACCUGCUGCAGAUCUGGACUGUGGUGGAUUUCUGCUGCGAGUACCUGGAGCAGGAGGUGAGCGAGGACAACUACCUGUACCUGCAGGAGCUGGCCUCCAUCUACAGCCUCAAGCGGCUGGAUACCUUCAUCGACGGCUUCAUCCUGAGCCACUUCGGCACACUGUCCUUCACCACUGACUUCCUGCAGAACAUCUCCAUGAAGAAACUCUGCGUGUACCUGAGCAGCAGCGAGGUGCAGCGGGAAUGCGAGAACGACCUGCUGCAGGCCGCCCUGCAGUGGCUGACGCAGCAGCGGGAGCGCGAGGCUCACGCCUACCAGGUGCUGGAGCACAUCCACUUCCCGCUCAUCCCCAAGAACGACCUGCUGCACUGCGUCAAGCCGGCCAUGUGCUCGGUGCUGCCCAGGGAGGCCAACUGCGAGGGCUUCAUUGAGGAGGCUGUGCGCUACCACAACAGCCUGGCGGCCCAGCCGGUCAUGCAGACCAAGCGCACGGCGCUCCGCACCAAGGAGGAGCGCCUGCUGUUCGUGGGUGGCGAGGUCUCCAAGCGGUGUCUGGAGCUCAGUGAUGACACCUGCUACCUGGACGCCAAGAGCGAGCAGUGGGUCAAGGAGACACCCCUGCCGGCCCGACGGAGCCAUCACUGUGUUGCUGUGCUGGGGGGAUUCAUCUUCAUGGCUGGCGGCAACUUCUCAAGUGACAAUGGAGGGGACUCAGCGUCCAAUCUUCUUUAUAGGUAUGACCCCCGCUGUAAACAGUGGAUCAAGUUGGCCUCCAUGAACCAACGCCGCGUGGACUUCUACCUUGCCUCCAUUGAAGACAUGCUGGUGGCCGUCGGUGGCCAGAAUGAGAAUGGAGCUCUCUCUUCAGUAGAGACUUACAGUCCCAAGACCGACUCCUGGUCCUACGUGGCCGGCUUGCCAAGGUUCACAUGUGGCCACGCAGGCACCAUCUACAAAGACUUCGUGUACAUCUCGGGGGGCCACGGCUACCAGAUGGGCUUCUACCGCAAGAACCUGCUGUGCUACGACCACCGGACGGACGUGUGGAAGGAGCGCCGGCCCAUGACCACCGCGCGGGGCUGGCACAGCAUGUGCAGCCUGGAGGACCGCAUCUACUCCAUCGGGGGCAGUAACGACAGCGUGGACUCCAUGGAGCGCUUCGAUGUCCUGGGCGUGGAGGCCUACAGCCCGCAGUGCAACCAGUGGACCCGCGUGGCCCCGCUGCUGCACGCCAACAGCGAGUCCGGCGUGGCUGUGUGGGAGGGCCGCAUAUACAUCCUGGGCGGCUACAGCUGGGAGAACAAGGCCUUCUCCAAGACGGUCCAGGUGUAUGACCGCGAGAAGGACAAGUGGAGCAAAGGCACCGACCUGCCCAAGGCCAUCGCCAGCAUGUCUGCCUGCGUCUGCGCCCUGAAGCCACGACUGGAGGACAAGAAGGAGGGCAAGGCCAGGAGGCACCAGGACCCGGGCCAGUGACCCCGCCGUGCCUGCUGGGAUCUGGUCCCCACCACCACCUCCCAGAAUGUCUGUAGACCAGCAGCGACUUCAUAGAACCCUGGAACCAUUAUGUAUCCCUUAGCAGCUUUUUUUACUUUUAUGAUUCUUAGUAUUUCUAUAAUAUCACCAUAAUCGAUUAAAUAUUCUACGUAACUUUAAAAAAAAAGAAAAAAGAAACAACCAAUGGGGGGUGGGGAGGGAGAAGGAGGAUCUAUGUAAUACUUUCAACAAUAAAAAACUGUAAAAAAAAAAAAAGAAUAAAUGCUUAAAUAAUGG